GUUUCUUCUCACUUCAUAUAUACUUUAUACGGAGUAUUUCUUAAUCUAUUGUAUUUAGAAAUGGCUAGUGCGGAUACUGCCGUUGUCGUUCAUUGGAAUGGCUCUAUGAUCACAAAAGAUAAUGAAAUAGAGUAUUCCACACAUCCUAAGGUAGUAUUGUUCAUUAGCAAAGGAGAUGUUUUUCACACUUUGUACGAAGGUGUUCUAAAACACAUUAGAGAAGACGGUUUUUCUGAAAUAAAAUCUAUUUAUGGAAAAAUGCCAAAAUUUCAGAAUUCGGUCUACGUUGCUUCUAGAGCGUGGCCCAUUCACGAUGACCGGUCAUGGAUUUGUUUUUCCCGGGUCGCUUUUCAAGAGUACCAAGAAUUGCAAAUUUUCGUGGAUGUUAUAAACAACUCUAUGCCCCCCCCCCCCCACAAAAUUUGAGCUUCGAUGAAGUUGCUACAAAUACUACCGCUACGUUUUGCGAUAUUGGGCAGGGUCAAUCAUCAACAUAUGGCCGAAGAAGCAACACAUCAACUUUUGUGGACUUCCAAUCCCCCUGUAUGAUUUUACAGAUACUAAAGGUAAGGUCAAGGCCUAGGAAGGUGAUGAGAGAGUGGAACGCGUGCCAAGAUGAGUUAACGGGGACGACCGUGGCGGCUUCCAGCUAGCUAUUAUUAUGUUUCAGUAUUUCAGUUAUUAUAAUAAAGAGUUUAUUAUUAUUACUUUAUUUUAUUUAAGGUUUGAAGUUUGAAUAAAUUCCUGGAUCCAGGUGGUUAUCAGUUUAAGUGCGAGAAAACACACAUCAGUUUUUGGCGCCGUUGCCGGGGACGGUGUCGGUUUUAAGGGUUAAUUAAUUUCAG